UAUGUUGGUACAUAAGGGAAUCUUCCGCCAGAGGUUCCCAGUUUGUUUCAUCCCCAGGUUAUACGUAUGGACCUAUAGAGGACUUUACCCAAUAAGUUGCAGUUUUCUGUGUUAAAAGUCGUAACUGUAUAGGUUAUCGUUUGCUUUACUAUUAUUCUAAAAUCAACCCGUAGGACAACAUGAUUACAUCGUAUGUUUUGUAUCAAACAUGGAAGCGUGUUUAAUUCAUUUAAUGCUGUAUUAUUAGUGUAGGAACUAAUUUUAUCAGCAUAUAUGUUAUGGGAAGACCUAUUAUCCGCACGUGCGAUCACCACCUUGUGGUGUCAUUUAUAGACGCUAAGUCCCCUUCAGGCUCUAUAUGGUGUACUCUAAGAUAAAGGGAUACACAUUUGGUUAGUGCUUUUUAAAUCUGAAGCACAGUGAAAUAUGUAGCCCCUCAAUGUUCUAAACUUUACAUGGUACUUUGAUCACGUACUGUGGGUGCAGUUAGUAUCAUAUGUACUGGAGGGGGCUUGGCUAGCCCUUCAGAAUCAAUUCAUGGACCUUCAAUUCUUCUCGGGUCUGGACACAGAUGCCAAUGAUGGAGGUGGUGGACUUCCUGGUCAACACUUGCUGUUUGCAGGAGAUGAGGGACCUUCCUGCUCUUUAGAUGUUCCAGGGUUAGUGCCCUCCCAUCAGCUGUAUGGAAUGUAUGGGCACAACAAGUUCCCCGGGGGUAAUGACAGUUACCUGACUAUCACAGGAUCAGGACACCCCUUCUUGGCUGGUACUGAGACUUUCCAUACACCAAGCCUUGGGGAUGAAGAGUUUGAAAUUCCCCCAAUAUCAUUAGAUGCGGACCCCUCCCUUGCUGUUUCUGAUGUAGUUGGACACUUUGAUCUUGGAGAUCCCUCUGGAGUUCAGGAUGGUGGGUUUGCAGCACAGUAUGGGGUACAGACUUUGGAUAUGCCCGUGGAAAUGACUCAUGAGGUAAUGGAGCAAGCUGGUGGACUUCUUGGAGCUGGAUUGGCCAUGGACCUGGAUCAAACUAUAGUAACGCCAUACAGUGCCAAUCCUCCUGUCACUAUAGAUGUGUCUAUGGCAGACAUGUCAUCUGGCCUUCUGGCACAUAAUCAGCUGACCACAAUAGACCAGUCAGAACUGAGUUCCCAGCUAGGGCUUAGUCUUGGUGGAGGAACAAUAUUGCCUCCAGUUCAGUCACCUGAGGAUCAUCUGUCCCCUACUCCAUCACCAACCAGUUCUCUGCAUGAUGAGGACAUGGAAGACUUCAGAAGGAUAACUGCUCCUAAGACCAUUGUUGUUGAGCAAACUAAAAAGCAGAAGACCCCCAAGAAAAAAAAGAAAAAGGACCCUAAUGAGCCGCAGAAACCAUUGUCUGCAUAUGCACUCUUUUUCCGUGACACACAGGCUGCAAUUAAGGGGCAGAAUCCAAAUGCCACUUUUGGUGAAGUGUCAAAAAUCGUUGCCUCCAUGUGGGACAGUCUGGGAGAGGAGCAGAAACAGGUUUAUAAGAGGAAAACUGAAGCUGCUAAAAAAGAUUAUCUGAAGGCAUUGGCACUUUACAAAGCUAACCAACUGUCUCAGGUUGUUGUAGAUGCAUCAGAUUUGGAUCCUCCUCCAGCCACUCCAAAAGUCCUUCCUGAAUCACCUGUUCAUUCCCCUACUGUGGUUACAGCUCCAAGCAUCCCCCAGCGUGUAUCACCUCCACCAGAUCCCAUACCACCACCUCAGACAGCUCCUCCUCUUCAGCCAAGCAUUACUAAAAUAAUAAUUUCCAAACAGAUGCUUCAGGCAGGGCAAAUCCCUACAUCCAUAGCUAUGUCUCAGGGCAUGGUGACGGUCAUCCCAGCAACUAUGGUGACGUCACGAGGAAUCCCUCUCCACCAGCUUCAGCCAAGUCCACAGGCCCAAAGGGUGACACGUUCUGUACUACAGGCCAUGCAACUUCCCCCUCGCCUCCAGCCGCCUCCUCUGCAGCAAAUGCAGCAGCCUCCACGGCUCCAGCAAAUGCCUUCUGCACAGCAGCCAUCUAUUACAAUUUUGCAGGCUCCUCCUCCUUUGCAGCCCAUGCAAAAAGUGAGACUUAGUCUGCAUCAGCCUCCUCCACUGCAAAUAAAUUUUAUUCCUCCUCCUCUGCAGCCCCAGCCCCAAGCUGUGCAAGUCCAGUCACAGAGUGUUCCUAUUAUCAGUGUGUCACCAUCUCCUGAGAUCCCCACCUCACCACCUGAACAGCUGGAGCUCUUGACAGAAGUAGUUCAAGAGGAAUCUUCUCCACCUCCUAUGGAUGUGGAACUUGUGAGUGGUUCCCCACCUCGCAGUCCUUCCCCUCAACCUCGUUGUGUUCGUUCAGGGUGUGAAAAUCCACCUGUGGAAAGCAAGGACUGGGACAAUGAGUACUGCAGCAAUGAAUGUGUAGCAAAGCAUUGCAGGGACACUUUUCUGGCAUGGGUUGCUGCGCGCAAUCCAGGUACACUUGCAUCUGUCAAAUAACCCAUGGUGUCCACGAAGAGGGCUUCUGUGUGUAGGAAUUUGAGAAGGAUGGCAAUUUCCAAGAGAGCAUUUUACUGACUUUACUCAACGUACAAUUAUUUGUAGGAAUUUGGAAAGACUGAGUGGGAAUACACCACUUUUUUUCUUUGUAUUUUUGAUUUUCUCUAUCAACAAAGAUCUCCAUUUUGAGCCUAAAACAAAUUCCAAUUUAAUAUUUAUUUUAUAUUUGAUUUUGCAAUGUCACGCUAAAUCUUUAUUUUAUGGAAUCUUUGUACUAUGGAUUACAAAUAUUAGGACAAGGAACACUGCAUUCACAUUUUCUGCCAAGGAAGGCUGUUGCAAUAAGGGCUACAUCAAUAUAGUACUAUUGAUGAGCCUAAUGAAGGACUCAUGGGAAGGUUUAUGCACACAUCCAUCAGAAGCAUUUGUGGAGCACUUUAUUCAUCUGCAUUGCAGUCUGUUUACAAACUGUUAAUUGUCUUUAUAUCAGGCCAGCUGAUUUAAUAAUAUGGCUAAUGUGAACCAUGAUGACAAACCCAAGGAACAUAUUUUAUAGCUUCUGUCUGCAUAUCAUAUUGUGUAGCUAUUUUGUUUUUAAAACCACAGAAACAAAAUGUAGCAGCCCUUCCAUGUGACUAGUUAGUACUACUGGUAUUUUGCCUUUACGUUAAAAGGUAUGCUCCUAUAUAGGUAAAACUUGUUAUUGGUUAAUUUAUGGGAGUUGUUUAUUUUUGUGCUCUAAAGUAGAGCUCGCUGAUCUUAGCUAGAAACAAAUACCAGAGUUUAAAUUAAAGGAUCAUUAAACCCAAAAUUUCAUGAUUCAGAUAGUGAAUACAGUUUUUAAUCAACUUUCAUCAAAGUUGCUUCAUUCUCUUGGUAUCCUUUGUUGAAGGAGCAAUGCACUCCAAGGAUCUAGCUGAACAAAGCAAGCUUCCAGUAGUGCAUCACUUCUGAGCCUACCUACGGAAUGCUGUUCAACAAAGAAUGAAGCAAAUAUCAUAGAAAUAAAUUGUAAAGUUGUUUAAAAUUGUAUGCUUUAUUUGAGUUAUGAAAGUAAUUUUACUUACUGUCCAUUUCAUGGCUGCACAUAACCCUGAUGUUUCCUUAAGUCUUCAAUUUGAGAUUUCCUAUUUGAUCUUAAAACUUUGUGUUUACAUUCACUGCAGUGCCAGAUCCCCAUACAUGCAAAAGUGAUGCAGGCAAUUUGUGAGCAUGAAUAAAAGUUGAAUGCUGUAAA